AUGGCACUUCCAACAAAUAUUAGGGUUCUUGUGAUUGAUCAUGAUAUCAAUCUUCUCAAUGCUAUUGAGAAACUAUGCUAUCAAUUCAAUUAUUCAGUCAAAACAUGCUCCAAUGUUUCGGAUGCUUUUAAUCUUUUGUUGGGAAAAAAAGAUAUUUUUGAUUUGGUGUUAAUUGAAGCUAAAAUGCCCGACAUGGAUUCGUAUGGAUUUUUGCGACAUGUUACACAACAAAUCAACAUCCCUGUUAUUAUGAUGUGUGCUGAUGGCUCAACAAGUGUUGUGAUGAAGGCUAUUGAGGAUGGAGCUUGUGAUUACUGGAUCAAACCUUUGACCGAGAGUCUAAUUAUGAACAUGUGGCAACAUGUUGCAAGAAAACUUUGGAAGGAAAAUAAAAACUUAGAAUUAAUGAGUGAAAAAUUGCCGUUAAUUGAUCAAAAGAUAGAAGAAGUGAUCAACACUAGUGUGAAAAAAGGGAGUGUUGAAAAGAAUAAUGACAAACUCGGAUCAUCAACAAAGAAGAAACGUCUUAAAUGGUCACCUGAGUUAAAAAGAAAAGGCAACACCCAAAAAAAUUCUUGCAAUGAUGAAUGA